AUGCAUGAAGGGAGUCUAAGAAUGAAGGGUACAAAAUGGUGGCAAGCAUAUGAUCAGAGCAUUAUUGAUUUUUUCAACAUGGGCAUCAAAUUCUCAAAGUAUAGUUGCAUUAAGGAAUGUUCGUGGACAACUCCAGAGUAUGGUUUUAUACUUUUUUGUUGUGAUGGUUCUUCAUUCGGUAAUCCAGGUGCAGCAGACUUUGGCAUCAUUGCUAGAGAUCAUGAAUGUCAGGUUCUUGGGACAAUGUCAGGUGGCAUUGGAACAACCACUAAUUAUCUAGCUGAAGUCUCUGCAGUUAUAUGUGCACUGGAAUGGGCCUCAGUGUUUUCUGCAACAAAAAUAGUUAUAAGAUCAGACUCCAAAUCUGUGAUCAAUGACUUCAGCAACAACAACAUUCCCUGGGCACUCAAAACAAGAUGGAUCAAUGCAAUUCAGAAGAUGGAAUGUGUUGUUUUUCAACAUACCUUUAGAGAAGCUAAUUUUAUUGCAGAUGAUCUUGCAAAAAGAGGAGCAGAGCUUGGAGCUGGAGAAAAAAUUAUUCACAAUGUAACGCCCAACUUCAUCAAAAGAGUUGAAAUGUCAAAUAUAGUUUAUUAUAGGUUCUGUUAA